AUGAAUUCCAUCAAUGGGGAUAUACCAGAAAAUAUUGGAAACCUCAGAAACAUACAAGGUUUGUUCCUCACUUUUAACCUCAUCAAAGGUGUAAUACCGAAAAGCAUAGGAAACUUGAGUAAAAUGUCAGAUCUGGACCUUUCUAAUAAUUUUAGAAUUGUUGGAGGCAUACCGGAGACUAUCGGCAAUCUAACAGCAUUGCAGAAUUUGGACUUAUCAGAUAAUCAGAUUAAUGGAAAGAUACCAGAUUCAGUUGGGAAUCUCCUUCAAUUAGAUGUUCUCAGAAUCUCUGAUAACAACAUAAGUGGAUUGAUUCCUCAUACCUUAGGAAGUCUAUGCAACUUGAGUGAAAUCUAUCUCUCUGGGAACACUUUGUCUCUUUCCAUUCUUCUUGCUCGUUUGGGCCUUCCCACAGGUCUCCCAAAGUUUGGUGGAAGUACUGGAAUAACUCCUGUUGGUUGCCAUUCACUCCUACCAUUUAGUGGCAUAACUAUAGGAGAAUAA